AUGUCCACCAAGAUAUGGAGUGUCAUACGUGAGAGAGGGCAGAUCGUUGUAUGGGCUCUGCUUGUAUGGUCCUCGAAGGCUAUUCCAAGGCAGCGUUUCAUCAUUUGGUUAGAAUUUUGGGAAAGGCCUAAAACGCGAGAUCGGAUUCGAAGAUAUAUGGCUAUUCUAGAUAAUAGUUUCCCUUUAUGCGAGGUAAAUGAAGAAUCUAUUAAUCACUUGUUCAGGGGCUGUCCAUUUACCAAGCUAGUAUGGGACGAAUUUGUAUUGGCUAUUGGGUUAACUAGUUUUCCAAUGAUUUGGCAAGGGAUCAAGGAAGCUGUUUUAACUAGAGCGAAAAGCAAAAAAUUUCCAGUAAGCACCUUCAUAUGUGGAUUCACUUUGGUUAUCUAUCACACGUGGAGCGAGAGAAAUGCUAGGAUUUAUGGAAGGGUUCAAAGGACAACAAUUGAGGUAUGGAAUGAUGUAAAGACCGAUUGUUGA